AUGCCGGCUCCAAGGCGAACGACGUCGGAGGUGCCGGUUGGCACGGGGAGGAAGGCUGACCGUGCUCCACCUCUCCCUACUUACAGCGAAAAACUGUUGCACCGGCACGAAAAAAGAGAGAAACCAAUCAAGUACAGAAAAUUAGGAAGAAUUAACGGCAGACGCCCUAGCCUGCACCAUCGCUGUCGCCUCCGCGUCCAACGCCCCCUCCCCGUCCGCCUCCUCCUCCCCCUCCCCGUCAACAUCCGGUUCCUGAUCAAGGAGGUGGAGGGCGCGGCCUUCGUCAACAUCGACGGCGUGGUCAGCUUCGUCAAGUGGCUCGACGACGAGCUAUCCCGCCUGGUGGACGAACGCGCGGUGCUGAAGCACUUCGAGUGGCCGGAGCAGAAGGCGGACGCGCUCCGGGAGGCGGCGUUCGGGUACCGCGACCUGAAGAAGCUGAAGGGCGAGGCGUCCUCGUUCCGCGACGACCCCCGGCAGCCCUGCGCCGCCGCGCUUAAGAAGAUGCAGGCCCUCUUUGAGAAGUUGGAGCACGGCGUGUACGAUCUCGCCCGCGUCCGCGACGGCGCCACCUGCAGGUAUGGCCGGUUCCAGAUCCCGUCGGAGUGGAUGCGCGACGCCGGGAUCGUCGGCCAGAUUGCCGAGCAACCCCGUGGUGGGGUGUUUCUGUAUAAUGGGAAGCUUCUAAGGAUUGGAUAUCUGUGCGUAUAUGCUACAAUGGGCCUCAUGGGGUAA